UUCUGAAAGAGGGAGAAUGAGUGGAGAAGGAAGGGUAGUGUGUGUAACAGGAGGCGCAGGUUACAUAGCUUCAUGGUUGGUCAAGCUCUUACUUCUGCGAGGUUAUACAGUUAAAGCCACUGGUCGUGAUCCAAAGGAUCCUAAGAAAACAGAACACUUGCUUGCACUUGAUGGAGCCAAAGAAAGGCUUCACUUAUUCAAAGCAAAUUUAGUGGAAGAGGGAUCUUUUGAUGGAAUUAUUGAUGGUUGUGAUGGUGUAUUUCACACAGCUUCACCUGCGAUUCUUUCAACGAAUAACCCUGAGGCAGAUUUGUUUGAACCAGCAGUGAAGGGAACGCUGAAUGUUCUUAAGUCAUGUGCAAAAGUUCCUUCUAUCAAAAGAGUGGUUAUAACAUCUUCUAUGACAACAGUAAUGUUUAAUGCAAAACCUCUCAGCCCUGAUGUGAUUGUUGAUGAGACUUGGUUUUCCGAUAGAGCUUUUUGUGAGGAAAAGAAGAUUUGGUAUGCUGUUUCAAAAACCUUAGCUGAGGAUGCUGCUUGGAAAUUUGCGAAAGAAAAUGGAAUUGACUUGGUUACAAUACAUCCAGGAUGGGUGAUUGGUCCUCUCUUGCAGCCAACUCUUAAUAUCUCUGUGGAGAUGAUUCUGAACCAUAUAAAAGGUCAAACAUUUCCAAAUGAACUCUUUAGAUUUGUUGAUGUUAGAGAUGUUGCAUAUGCACAUAUUCUAGCUUUUGAAAGAUCUUCUGCCAGUGGCAGAUACUGUAUAGUUGGACAAGUUGCACAUUUCUCUGAGUUCUUGAAGAUUCUGCAUGAACAAUAUCCUACACUACAGCUUCCUCAAAAAUGUGCAGAUGACAGGCCUUUUGUGCAAAAAUUUCAGGUAUCCAAGGAGAAAGCAAAAGCUUUGGGUCUUAACUUCACUCCAUUGGAGGUUACCAUUAAGGACGCCGUUGAAAACUUUAUAAAGAGAGAGAGAAUAAUUUCGUUUGUGAAUGUUGUAGAUGAUCCUAAGCAAACAGAACAUUUGCUUGCACUCGAUGGAGCUAAAGACAGACUUCAGUUGUUCAAGGCAAAUUUAGUAGAAGAAGGAACUUUUGAUUCAGCAGUUGAUGGAUGUGAAGGUGUAUUUCACACUGCUUCUCCUGUAAUUCCUUUAACAGAUGACCCACAGAAUGUAUUGCUUGAACCUGCAGUUAAGGGAACACUAAACGUUCUUCAAUCGUGUGUGAAAGUCCCUUUUAUCAAGAGAGUGGUUGUAACUUCUUCUAUCUCAACAGUAUUGUUCAAUGGAAAACCUCUUACCCCUGAUGUGGUAGUUGAUGAGACUUGGUUUUCUGAUCCUACUUUCUCCAACGAAAAUAAGGUACAGGAUCCACAAACGGGACAGAUUCUUGGGAAGGGUCGUAGAGUGGGUUGA